AUGACAGCCGUGAUGGCUCCCCAGCACAGCGGUUCAUGGCAACGGCACAUGGCCGGCAUGAGCGUCCCCGCCAUGUCUGCCUCCUACGACAGCCAGUCCCGCCUCCAAACCUCUCCCAUGGUCAACAACAACAUGCCCUCGUCGCAGGCCUACACCACCUCCCAGAUCGACCAGCAGCUACCCUUCUUCCAGACCUGCGGCCCCCAGACUUCCAUGCCCUCCUACUCGACCUCUUUUGCCUACGAGCCGCUGGACUCGACAUCGCCCUUCGCCUUCAACCAGGGCUUCGGCGUCAACUACCAGCAGACCCACCAGUCGUCCUCCUCCUACCUCCCCCAUUCGUCCUACCCCUCCGGCCUGCCCCAGAGCAGCUAUCAACUCGACAGCAGAGGCCACCCCGUGAAGCCCGAGAUGGGCUCGCCCGUCGAGCCCUACCAGCAGAUGGGCGAGCUGAGCCUGGGCAGGGAAGACUACCAGAUGGUCAGCUCCGGCGAGUCGGACAACGGCAGCGCCGGCAUCAAUUUCAACACAGACGUCGACACCCUUAUGAGAGCCAUCCAGGCCAAGCAGAAGACGCCCGAGGAGCAGCAGCAGCAGCAGCAGCAGCAGCAGCAGCAGCAACAGCAGCAGCAGCAGCCGCACCCGCAGCACCGCCCCGCGCCCCAAGAGAAGCCUCAGAAGAAAGUUGGCGAGAAAGGCAAGAAGAGAUAUGAGUGUGACAUGCCCGGCUGCAACAAGAGCUUCUACCAAAAGACCCACCUCGACAUCCACAGGCGAGCGCACACCGGCAUCAAACCUUUUGUUUGCAAGGAGCCGUCAUGCGGACAAAGGUUCUCCCAGCUUGGGAACCUCAAGACUCACGAGCGUCGCCACACCGGCGAGAGGCCAUACAAUUGUGACAUCUGCGGCAAGACUUUCGCCCAGCGCGGCAACGUGCGGGCUCACAAGAUCGUCCACCAGCAUGUGAAGCCCUUCACCUGCAAGCUUGACGGCUGUGGCAAGCAGUUCACGCAGCUUGGAAACCUCAAGUCGCACCAAAACAAGUUCCACGCACCAGUACUUCGCUACUUGACAAACAAGUUUGCACAAAUCCGCGAUACCGACACUGUGCCUCCUCACGACAAGGAGCUGUUCGAGUAUUUCGCUUCCCUGUACAAGAACUCGAACAAGGGAAUCAAGGGCCGGGGCAAGGACCGCCGCAUCUCUACCAUUCCUUCCGCAUCCUCUGGCAACGGUGCCGCAUCCCCAACUGGCAGUUUGUCGUCUUCCUCGUCGACAACACCGGUCGCUUCGACAGCACCACAGUCUGCCUUGUCCACGCCCGUAAGCAGCACGGCCCCAAUUGGACCGUAUGGCGCUAGCAGUGCAGCCGUCGGGAUGACGAGCCCGUACAGCACAGUCUCGACGGCCAGUGGGCGCUCUUACACCAGCGCUAGCACAGGUGCAAGCAUCUUGCCUGGAUCGGCGCGCUACAGCCACAGCGUCAGCAGCCGCAGUCCAUCGCUGAGCAGCGUGGACUCGGAGAUGCAUGGUCAGCAGCUCCACCAGCAGCACAGCCCCUACUCCGGCUACGGUACCGCAGCAGCACCCGCAACAAGCUACGGUCUGCCCCCGCCCCCGCCCCACCAUCAGCAGCACGCGCAGAUCUCUCAACAGCAUGUGCAGCUGCCACCGCCUGGUCAGUACUUGCAACAGCAGCAACAGCAGCAGCAGCAACAACAACAGCAGCAGCAACAACAACAGCAGCAGCAGCAACCACAACAACAGCAGCAGCAGCAGCAGCAGCAGCAGCAACAACAACAACACCACCAACACCAACACCAACAACACCACCACCAUCAUCAUCAGCAGGCGCCUCAUGGCUACGGAAACUUGAUGUAUUAG